ACGGUAAAGCACUUAGAAAAUGUCAGUUUGUAUUUGUGAUUAAAUCUUUGUGGUUUUGCCGUGAGCAGGUCGAAGUGGCUGAACAACAAUUUGGUAGUCGAUAAGAAACUACUCAAGUAUCACACCACGACCAUCUUCCCCCUUCUUUUCCGCUUUUUUCAUCCUCCGGUGAUCGCUUUUAUCGUUUCGGAUGGCAUUAGGCAGAUGGCGUUGAUGA